AUGGCCAAUGGUGACGGGGAUUCUAUCGGGCCAUUGUCGAUGGUCUGGAAAGCGAAGUGUCCGAGGGAAGUUCCAGCCAAAACACUCCAAACCUGGCAGCCAAUCGACGAAGAGGUCGAUGACGUUUUUCACAUGCAGUCAUCGAUGUCUUCAGAGCCACGGUAUUUAGAUUAUAAAAGUGAUGAAGGUUUUGAUGUCAGCAAUAACGAAGAUUCAUUUCUCACUUAUCAAACUGGUUUAACGAAUGGGAAAGACGAUAUAUCGUCUUCAAAGUUCGAUGAAAAUGCCGUUGAAUCUAAUGAUAGCAACUACUCUAGUGAGAUGGAUUUAAGUUAUGAUUCCACGAUGCCUGAGAUUCAGGACACUCUUUCGGAUGUUCAUAAACUGUCACUAGACGAAGAGGACACCAUUAAACCUGUUCAGCAUUCGGAAAACUUUACAGAACGACCUGUCAACUCAAUAGAGGUCACACGGCGACAAAUUGUUCCAGUAAGACCUCAUAUUCGUACACAAAGUUGUCCAAAUCCUAUGGAAAUUGAACUAAGAAAGGACCCCAGUCUUAAUUCUUCAGUGACGUCACAAGGAAUGACGUCACCUGACGAGACAACAGAAGAAGCUGUGAAAUUGCGCGACGUUACACGUGCUGCUCGAUCGUUCUCACGCCCCUUAAUGAGGGGGAAAGCAGAGGAACACGAGACGGAUAAUGACGUGGAAUGCAAAACCUAUAAAUUUAUAUCCGUUGAGGUACCUAAACUACCUCCCCCACCAACUCCUGAGGAAGAUGAAGAAACUAUAAAACCAAAAAACGAAUUCCAAAUACUGACGGACAUUACCGCAUUGACCAGAAAAGCUACAAGACCUAAGAUUAAAGAUUUGGACUUUAAGCCGAAAUCGACUUUGAAACGAUCAAAAUCUGUAAUGCAGGUGUCUUCCCCUACUGUUCCUGCCUUGUCUCCUACAGGGUCACCGAUGUCAAGAGGUCGUAGUUCUUCAUCUACCUCACCGUCCGAUUAUAUGUCGUACGCUUUUACGUAUCAAACAGACGAAGAUGCAUGUUUUAAGUGUGGUAAAACAGUGUACCAACUGGAUAAAAUCGGCCCUAUCAGGAAAGUUCUUUUUCAUAAACAGUGUUUUCGUUGUUGUAUAUGUGGAUCUGCACUGACCGUCAAAAACUAUUCUCAGAACUUCAACGAUAAAAGUGACAAACAGGUUUACUGUAGGAACCAUAAGCCAAGUGAAGGAAAGGGCUCGGUAAGUCUAGAUGACCGAAGCCUAAACGUAAUACUUAACCACCCAAAACUAGACACCCAUAACAACACGAUAAUUAGAGGGCCAGAGGGAGACAGAAAAAAGACAACCCCUCAUGGCUUCCGUGGGGCCGCUUCUACGCCAAAGCUUGACGUUGUCUGUAAACAGUGGGAUGAGGUGAACAAGAGUUUUAUGAACAGGUUAGAAGAAACCUCCCCCAGGGGAAGGCAUGAUGUAUUAAAAUUGAGCCCUUCUGAGGCACGGUCAGUGUGGUCAAGGUCGGCCAUGGGUGCUGCGUCACUGGAUUUUGGGACUCCAAACCCACGUAGGAAUAUUCAUCAUUUUUACCAAAGUCACAGGUCGAACACCAGUUAUAUGUGA